CGACUGAUCAAGUUUGUUCUUGCUUACAAAGUUAAGCAAAUUUUGUCCAUCUGUCUGUCUAGUGAGAAUCAAUCAAUUCCAAAAAUGGCCUCUCGAUUUCUGUUGCUAGCAUUACUCGUAGUCAUGACUUGCUCCAUUGCUUUGGCAACUGAGAGUCUUCAAGAUUUCUGCGUAGCACAGCCAACACGCUUAGCUGCAGUGAAUGGCGUUGUCUGCAAGGACCCUAAUCUUGUUGAAGCCAAUGACUUCUACUAUAGUGGACUUGACAUAGCAGGCAACGCAUCAACUGCAUUCGGUUCACGUGUGACCUCUGUUAGGGUGAACCAAAUUCCAGGACUCAACACCUUUGGCAUCUCCAUUGCACGCAUCGAUUUUGCUGCAUGGGGUGUUAACCCUCCCCACACACACCCUCGCGCUGCCGAAAUCUUGACAGUCCUUGAAGGCAGCCUCCAAGUUGGUUUUGUCACCUCCAACCCCGAUAACCGUCUCAUCACAAAAAUACUUCAGGCUGGUGAUGUGUUUGUGUUCCCGGAAGGUCUUGUGCAUUUCCAAUACAAUGUUGGAUAUACUACUGCAGUCGCCUUUUCAGCUUUUAGCAGCCAAAACCCAGGAACUGUUACCCUUGCCAACACGGUAUUUGGAUCAAGGCCUCACAUCUCUAGUGACAUUCUUACAAAGGCUUUCCUAGUCGAUAAGCAAGCAAUCUACAACAUACAGGCAAGGUUUUAGAUUCUAUUACUCGAUUCAGCUCUAUCUAAUAAAUUCAAAAUUGGUUGACAGUUCGAUCAUCCAAGUGUUUCGGAUGAGUUUCGAAAAUUGUUAGUGUUAUUUCAGAUCAGUUAGCAAUGUAAUUGAAGUUGAAAUGCUAUUUUGACAUUUCAUCAAUAUAAGGGCAUACCACGUACCCACUUA